AUGACAGUUGCCUCGAACUUACGCAGUAGGACUCACUCCGGCACAAAAACCGUGGGAUCUGAGGCUGGAAAUGAAGCGCACUCGGAUCAGGAGCCCUCAGACGGCCCACAGGUUUUGUUCAUGGAUACACACGAUGUAGGAAGCAGGACAGGUCAUGUACCGCCCAACUACUAUCAAGUAGCGACCCCAAAGUCACCCCACGAGCUUUCGUUGACUGACGAGGUGGAAGAAGAUCAUCCGGGAUCGUCUAAUAACCAGCAUCGGGAAAGUGAGGAAUCCGAGCGUUUAAAAUACGAAACUGCAAAGAGAGAGAUAUUGGAGAACUUGAAUCUUCACAUCAUGCUCAACAACAACGAAUAUAACAACGCCAACGCAGAACUGGGUCGUGUCGAAGCCCAAAUGCGAGUUUUAGAACACAUGCACCAAGAUCCCGCGCUCCUGGCGCACGUUGAGCAGCACCAAGAGGAGCUGUAUGCUCACCAUCGCGAACAAUUUCUACGAAAGAAAGAAAUGGAAGCAUCACACGGCUCACUGAACAGCGGAGGCUCACUCGAUUUAGGGCCUGUCAGCCACGGCGCCAGUGAUAGCAGUAACAGUGGAUUCUUCUACCACACCCGCAGCAAAUCUACCAACAACCUCAACAAUGUCCUCGGUGGCAAUAACAGCAAUUCAUACCAGUCUCGGCUGCGUCCCGCGAGUAACAAAACCAUAGGUAUGCGGCUGGUAGGCGGCAAGAGUCUGCAGCCCUUGGAGCAGCCGAUGGCCACUAGUUCGUCCGGGAGCGAAUUAGAUCCCGUACGACCUUCUCUGCUCAAUCAGCAUCACAAACGCAACUAUAGUAGCUCUUGUCUUACCAGCAAGAGCGGGAUCGUGGGAUCCAAUGAGAAUAAUGAACCUAUUUUUAAAAGACCCGAUGGCAUUCUUGUCAUCAUUGCGUGCUCAUUCUGUGAACGCAGCGGGUUUACCUCAGCACAAGGCAUUGUCAACCACGUUAGACUCAAACAUGGGACGAGCUACCCAAGUCAGCCUUUGGCCGUUCUCAAGAAUCAACAAGUGCUGGCUGACGACAGGCAAUCUCCCGAGAUCAUAACUCAAUUUAAAGAAUUACAAUUAAACCCCGCUAACGAUUACCUUCCGCACGUCAUAAAUAUCCAAACAAGCAGCCAAACGGUAAGCCAAAAAGAUCGAAAUAAUAGCAUUAGAGAACUUUCGCCUCGAGCGAUAUCCCCAACUACAGAUACUCGACCUGAUAUCUCCAGAAAGUCCACCAAGCACCUGAAGAGAUUGUACCAAAAUGAUGACUUUAAGGAAAUUGUGGAUUAUGUUAACGAAGCACACAAAGACCUGGAGUCCAUACUCAAACAACCCUCAAAAGAUGAAGAUACAGAAGAAAGUGACAAUGAAGACUGCGAUGACAAGCUCACUUCACCAGAGCGAUCGAGUUCAGGAUGCACCAAAGGGGACCGCUCGGUAAACCAGGCGCCUAACCCAGAUGACCUUAAUGAACGGAAACGUAGCGGAUCGUCUGACACUGAUUCCAAGAAGCGUUUCAAAGCUGCCGAGAAAAAAGUAAGACCUGAUGCCAUUGCAUUGAUGAAAAUACCAGAGAGAGACAAGAGAUCGUCGCACUACAAUUUGCGCGCCAAAUCAAAACUUAGGGGACAUAGUAGAUACGACUAA